AAUGACCAUGUUUUUAUUGUUUAUCAUUACGUAUGUUUUGCAACAUUAGCACGUUAGUAAAGAUAUCAUUGUAGAUAGUAGAUGCUGCAUGUGUAUGUAUUUAUUUGUCUUUGUUUUUGACAAAACCAGCGCGUGCGUAUUAAAAAUGCCAAAAGGAUUGUCUAGGAAUUAGUUGGAGUUGCCAGCGCGGUCCUAUUCGGACGUAACUUAUGGCUUUAACAUGGCAUCAAUAUUUAAACCUUGAUGUUUUCUCAAGUUAAAGCUUAAACAGAUGGCAGCGUUGAUCUGGAUUAACUCGGACAUAAUCCGGAUCAACUGCAGUUAAUUCCCGAGUUUAUCCGGACCUGCCGUCUGUUUAUGCUUUUUCCUGUUACUUUAAAGCCUCAUAUUUACAGGUUACAUUAUAAUUUAUAUUUUAUUUUCGGUUUUAAAUUAGUUUACAACCAAGUGACAUACAUACGUCAAAAACCGAUAAUAGAAAUGCUAACUCUAGACAUGGCUUAUUUUUAAUAGAUCCUUUAAAUAUAAAGUGAGCUCUAAAGUUAAAGGUUACUUCAUUGUAAUCAAAAUUCAUAUACAUUUUUUAAUUGAUUUCUCUAUAAAUUGUUUAAUACAUACCACACGUUUAAUGAAUAGAUUUUUCUCCAUAAUUUUAAUUUAUGAAAAGCGCAAACGGAGUUCGAUCAAUUCGAAUACAUAAUCGUACAAAAUAAACAGAUAGAAAGACAUACAAUUCGAUACCUUAGCAUAGAAAGGCCCUAUGCCACAAUUUUGUUUCUUCAAACAUAGUUUGAAAAUUUAGCGAAAAGCAAAGUUCUACAGUUACCAAAAUCGUCGAAGUGCUGAUUUUAUUAAACAUAAUAAUUUUUAUAACGCUGUAUUAUUUGUUUUCAAUUUCUAUUAGAUAUGUACAUAUAUUGUGAGCUAUUUGACAGAUUUUGUACAGAUCUGGAUUCGAAAUGAAAAUGAGUUAGGGCCUUUCUAUAUUAAGGUAACGAUUUGUAUAUUCGCCAUCUUUCGGCAGUUAAGUCAUAUGUUAAAGCUGCCCAUAUUAUCCUUAUCAAGCUUACUAAUUAUAUGACGAAAGCUCACAAAACGUGAGUUUUGAAUUAAUUUUCUUUAUUGCUAAAAAUUAUAUAUACAUACAUACCUAUAUAUAUAAUAAAUAAAUCGUAAAUGUGUGCUCUGAAAAGUAAUUUCUAAAGAAAUCCCCGAAGCGUGGCAGCUCCAAAAACAAAUAACGGUUUUGCAUCCCUAUAAUGUAGAAAAUACCCAAUCUAUGACCCCCAACCCACUCAACCCUCAGCUAAACGAACUGUCAAAAAGUAAGAUUAAAAAAAGUUUACUCAGGUUGAAUCAUCUUUAUAAGCAGCACGGAAAUAGUCUCCCGUAUUGAAAAACAGUCAUUGAUUUUCACAAGUCGCGGGCAAUUCGUUACAGUAAAGCGUUUCCUUAUUUAAAGUUAAAGAAAAGUGCACACUAGUAUUUAUAAUUUCGUUAAGUGUAUUAAAGCAAAAAAGUAAGAAAUGGAAGUUUUGUGGCAUAAGGCGUGUAACCAUUUUGCAGUGCCUGAAGAUGUUGCCAAAAGCUGGUACGCACGCAUAAAUCAACGUUUAAAUGAAAGUCAGUCAAAACGUUACUACCAUAAUUGGAAUGAAAUGAUGCAACAUAAACAAGAACAUCUGCAACACUUUAAGCCUACUCUGCUGCUGGCGGCAUUCUUUCAAUACUACUCGUACGAUGGCAUACAGCCUUGUGCGAAAGGAAAUUGUGCAGCAUUUGAAGAAUUUUGUUGCGAUGCAGCGCUGGAUGAUCAAGAAUCGAAAAACUUAAUAUUGAAGCUUUUGGGUGAUAAUUCGGCUGAGAAUGAGCUGUCCACAACAUACGAAGAUGAUGCAAACUUACUGCAGGACUUAGAUCUCGUUAUACUGGCCGCAAAUACUGAAACCUAUAAGCGUUAUUGUCAACUACUGCGUCGAGAGUAUGAACAUAUGGCUGACGAAGAAUAUAAAAGUAUGCGCUUAAAGGUACUUCAAACGUUACUAAGCAUACCAAAUAUAUUUUCAACACCAGAAUUUCAAACGCGUUAUGAAGCUGCAGCUCGCUCAAAUAUGAAAGAUGAAAUAAAUACACUCAAAGCAUAAUUUAAAUAGAAUUUUAUGAAGGAAAUCACCAAAUAUUUUUAAAUCGAUGUUAAUUCGUGCGCGUGGCUUACACGGGUUCUAUAUAGCUAUUCAGUAAAUGUUAGCUUAAACAGUUCUGCGCAUAUAUAGGUACUACAUUGCGUAUUCGUAUUGCAUACGAAAAACACUAAAAUCAGUAAUCAAAAACGAGACAUUUAGAAGUUGCAACUCAAUCAAAUGAAAGUUAACUUAUGUAAUUUGAAGUAUAAUAUGUAUUUAGUCUAAAGUUACUCGCUUGUAUGUAUGGAUUUAAAUAAUAUUUAGCUAGUAAUUAUGUAAGUUGCGUUUGUGGGCUGCAGCAGUUUCAAAUGCAUAUAUAAAUUAUAAUUAAUUUUGUAAUUAUUUGCAAAAAAUAUUAAUUUCCCCAUUAGUUCCUUGAAGAAAUAAAUGAAGAUCGAUCUCAAUGGUGUCAAAUUCAAAACAAACUACCAAACAUCCAACCCACCUGUAUAUGCAGACCGACUAACUGUUUAAUUUUCGACUUCGCUAAACCACAAGGGCACAAACAAUUCUUUGAAAAUAUUUAGUAAAAGCCUCACAUAUUGUGCGUGUAUUUAUCUAAUUUAAAGGAAACAAUAAUGUACAAUAAAUAUGUUAAAAAUGAAAA